GAUGAGCAUGCCGGCAGCUUUCAGCGAUCAGUACCAAAAUGGAAGGGUCAGUGCUAACACGAAUAGCUCUAAUUCUGGUGCUAACACUAAGUCAUGUGCUUGCCUAUCGCAGCUCCUUGCCACCUACCAAUGCCGUAGUUCCGGGAUCAGACGGCACCGAAGCCGAAGCUUUAGUUGCAGCAAGUGGGGAGGCAGAGGCUGAAGGCAACGGCGAGGGUCAACCCGAUGCGUCAUGGAUGAAGCCGUUGCAACAGUAUGGAUGGAACGAGAACCAUCUGAAGAACAAAAUGGAGCACGGGGAUGUGACAACGUUUGAGCUCGGCACGCCCAACUAUCAAAUUCUGAACCCGGAAGACGAGCCGGAGUUUAUAACUGAAGAUCAGCCUCAAUAUCAGGAAAUGCUCAAACGAUUGACCGCAAAUAACAGUGCCAGCACUGUGAUCGAUAUGAGCAAACCCCACCUACCCGCAUCCAAAUGGGAUCAAAGCGAAAAGGAAACUGCUGAUGGAAAAGGGAAUGCUCUCAAGCAGCACAAUGUUAAACAGGCUAAUGAGUCCGGUAGGCCUGCUUCCGAAGAUGAUGGGGAAAAAGAUAAAAUUCAUAAGGAGAGCAAUUAUGAAGAAAUGCCGGGGAGGGCGAUCAACAGGCGAGGAGUUUUUGAAGCUCAGGAGGUGGCAUUCACAGACCGAAAUUCCGAAAAGAUGCAACAUGAGGCGCAACCAAGACUCAACCUUGUCAGUGUUGGUGAUGAAAACGGCUUUUCUAAAAAAGAAAAUGUAAACGAAAAGAAAACCUAUACGAAGCUGCAAAAUAUGGAGCGAGAUCUCAAAAAGCAUAUCUACGAAAAACUGCAGCAUAUGGAGCAGCAAAGGCAGCUCAACAAUCCUGCAAUUGAAGAAAACACCAAUACCAAGCAGAGUUUCGUUGAAAUGGGAACAACUCCCAGGAUAAACGUUCAAAAAAUAAAUGAAGAUAAGCCCCAUACUGAGCACAGUUUCGUUGAGAUCGAGGAUGAUCCAACAACUCCCAGGAGUAGUGCACAUGAAAUAAAUGUUUUUGGCGGGGCCAGACCCUUUCAGAAAGUUAUUCAUAAUUUAAGCUGACAAUUGUGCAUUGUAUUGAUUACUUUUAAUUAGCAUAAAACAAAGCAUUUAAGUGACAGC